AAGCAUAAAUCGGACACUCGGCAAAUCCUUCAGGACACCCCCAAGCCCGAAAAAAGUGCGUGACAAGAGCCAAGCCCAGGUAUGCAUAAAUCAAGCGCAACCACGACCAGGCAGAGACCACGAGGGAAUGGACUCAUUUUUCUUGGCGUCAUCCUUCCUGUUGGAUUCUUUGUUGAUUCGGCUUGGAACGGAGGUAGCGCAUGUCGCAGCACCUGCCAAGUUAGGAAAUCUCUGAUCUUUUUCCAUGGCUCUUCCAACCCGCUGAAGAUGUUAAUUUAGUAGCGACUAGACUUGUACUGUGUAUAUUUGAGCAGCUAACGAUAAAUUACCUACCUCUAGGAAGGUAAGUAGGUAAGUAGUAGCCAUUGGUCCAUUGCCGAU